AAGGAGAAGAAGAGCGGGCUGCUGAAACUUCUAGCAGGAGCAUCAACAAAAAAGAAGUCGCGCUCCCCACCAUCCGUGUCCCCCACACACGACCCCCAGGCAGCCAUCGAAGGAGUCCUGCAAGGGGCAGUGGGACCCGAGCUCUCCUCGCUCUCCAGCCACGGCAGGGCUGGCUCAUGCCCUAUUGAGAGUGAAAUGCAGGGAGCCAUGGGGCUGGAGCCUCUGCACAGGAAAACAGGCUCUUUGGAUUUGAAUUUUUCCAUCCCUUCCCCUGCCAGGCAGCCCCUCUCUUCCAUGGCAGCUAUUCGGCCAGAGCCCAAGCCUUUGCCCCGGGAAAGGUACCGUGUUGUGGUCCCGUACCCGCCGCAGAGUGAGGCUGAGAUCGAACUGAAGGAAGGUGACAUUGUGUUUGUGCACAAGAAACGGGAGGAUGGCUGGUACAAAGGGACGUUGCAGAGGAAUGGCAGGACGGGCCUCUUCCCUGGGAGCUUUGUCGAGAGCUUCUGAGGACGGCUCGCCGCUCUCUCAACUGGAGGAGCUUUCAGGGGAAACUGCAUAGCACAAGAAGAGACAACAAAGAGAAACUGGGCUGAUAACCACUGCCAUUUUUAUUUCCAAAGACUCCCCCCCAGGCCCUUCAGUCUACAGCUCUGGAGGCGCAGUGUCCGGCUGUGCUCCUGAGACCGCGUGCGGUGCAUACAGUGGUAUGUUGAAGUAGUGCCUUCCACCUGGAAUCACAGACUGAAAGGAUGCCCAUCUGGACUGUACGUAACCUAAACUCCGGCUGUUAACCCUUUGUGUAAAUUAUAGAGAAGAUAUCUUUAAAAAA